CGUCGCGGCGUCACUGGCUAUGCGAGCGCCGGAGAGGACACAGCGCUACUGGUGCUGUUUCCCCUUUCUCAAAAGCCAGCAGACUUCUAUCCGCUGUCGAGACGGUCCCAGAAAGGUGCUUUUGUACCCUGAAGAAAGUUGGGCCAGGAGUGCCGCCUCAUCCUACUGGACACUGGCCACAUGCUGGUGGUGCAAGAGUCGAUGCAAGGUGGUCGAGGUAGCUGGCACUAGGAGAUAUUCAACAAGGGCGAAAAUGAUCGACUCUGGGUCUGGCAACGUGUACAUUAUUGGCUCCUUCAAGAAAAUGGCUGUCGAUCCUGACUUCAAGUUAUCGCUGACUACAAACGUCUCAGUAGCUGACUUCAACAUGGGCUACGCGAUGACUGGGUCGCUGGAGAGGGGAUGCAAAGACACCAACUCUUUCCAAAUGACGCACUUUGCAGUGAUUCGACGAGUGGAGCUAGAUCGACCAAUUUAAUGUGCUUUCAUCGCCGAAUUAACUGCAUAAAUGAAGAAUGAGAAUCUCCUCAUGAUACGUAGUUAGCAUUGAUAGCCGGCUAACGUAUGAAAAUGACAGCAAAAUUAAAAAAAAAGAAAAACUACGGAAUAUGGAGUGAGAAUAUACGAAGUCUAAGGAAACAAUGUAAUUUAUAGAUAAGUUAGGGUAAGUUAGGGUAAGCAUAUUCAGUUAUCUUUGGAUGUAUGUGACAUGUUCAUGGAACCAAGCUUAUUGAGAAAGUGAGGAUCAAUGUCAAAAAUUAUUGUAAUUUCUACUCUGGUAGUACAGUA